GUGCAGAGGCAGAAGAUGGUUUUUCUGACAACUAAAAUAAUGCAAAGGACUGCGCUCUUUGUGACGUUCGGGGGUUUCGUUACUUCUCUCAUCACCACUUUCCUUCCCUUGUGGAAGACAAUGAACUCCGACCUGAACGAAGUGGAGAACUGGUUCUCUGGGCUGUGGCACACCUGCCUCUACACAGAGGAGGUGGGAAUUCAGUGUAAGGCCUAUGAGUCUGUCCUGGGACUCCCGAUGGACUUGCAGGUCUCCAGGGUGCUCAUGUCAGUGUCUAUAGGCACUGGAGGCUUAGCUCUAUUGGCUUCUUUCCCAGGUCUGGAAGGGGUUGAGAUGUGUGUUGGGCAGCCUGGCCACAAAAGAGUGCUCCUCAUCCUCAGUGGGGUGCUAACCUGGGUGUCGGGCCUCACCACUCUGGCUCCUGUCUCUAUCGUGGCCUACACGACAGUGGUGGAAUUCUGGGACGAGAGUUACCCUGAUGUGAUGCCUCGCUGGGAGUAUGGGGAGGCAAUGUUCUCUGGAUGGUUUGGAGGUUUGGCUCUGGUCAUUGGAGGGACCCUGUUCUUUGUAGCCGUGUGCAUGGGGGACUACGACCAGCGGCUGCAAAGUGUCCAAAUCAGCCCACAUGUGAAGCAUAGGACACAGCAGUACCUGAAAACAGAGGUUUUAUAG